AUGCCACGCUGCAUGGUUUCUCGCCAAAAGCAGCAGCAGCAGCAGCAGCAGCAGCAUGCGGCCUCAACCCUUCUAGGAAAACCAGCAGCAAAAGGACCUAGCCCAACGAACACUUUUUCAAAUGGCGAUUUCAUUCAAUUGAGGAUGUUUCAAUCCGAAUCUGAAUAUCAUAGUAUUGCCAAUGAGACUUUGGAAGACAUUCAAGACGCUGUAGAGAUCGCCCUUGAAGAGAAGGGUGUUGGAGAGUUUGAUGUCACCUACGCCAGUGGAGUGCUAACAAUCGUGCUUCCAUCUCCGCAUGGGACCUACGUAAUUAACAAACAGACACCCAACCGUCAGAUAUGGUGGUCUUCGCCCAAGACUGGCCCGCGAAGGUACGAAUAUGAAGAAGGGGAAUGGGUAUUUACACGAGAUGAGUCGCAGUCAACGACACUUGUGCAAUCACUGAAAGAGGAAAUUCAUGAAAUCUAUGGUAUUGAUCUAGAUUUAUGA